AUGCAUCACGACAGGGAAGACGUCUCGCAGCUGAGAGUUGCAGCAGAGAGAAAUGCAAACGAGGAGAUUCUUGGAGAUAAAAUAAGCGAGCCGGAAGAUGACGACGAAGGGGUUGUGGACGAACCCAAAGGCGUGCAACUGUUUGACUUUGACGCCUACGGAAGGAAAAUCGGAAGGCAAAAGUACGAAGCCACAUUCGGAAGCUCCAGCGAAAGCAGCAGCAGCGAAGCUAGCAGCAGUUCGGAGAGCAGCACUAGCACCACCAGCAGCAGCAGCGAGAGCUCAGGCACGUUUGAGUUUGACGAUGAGGACUUCGAUGAAAUUGACCGCCUGAGGCGAGAACGUCGGUCGAAGGCGUUAGACCCUAUGGACCGCCGGCGAAUGUGGGAAUCAUCCUUUUUCAUCAACUCGUUCAUGAACCUCGAGACAAAGGAGCAGUACUUUUUCUACUCCAUCACUUUUGGGCACGUCAACAGAAAGAGAGUCAUUCGAGGUUCCUUACGCCGUCGCUUUUUGUUUACCCCUGGUUACAGACUGGGGCCGGGGGAAUACCGUCCUUUGGCGGCUCCUUUGGUUGUGUGGCCGUUGAAGGUCUUUUUGCUCCCAUACAACCAACUACACAACUUUUGCAUUACUGUCGAGCAGUGGAAAAUAAGCGACUUCUCGUUCAAUAGUCUCUACGCUUCGGCGCGGCUUACCCUCAAGGAAAUCAUUGACAUGGAGCCCGAGUUUCAGCUCCUCCUAAAACGCCGACUCCCAGGCAGCAAACGUAGUUACGAAGUACACAAGAUGCGGGUGUCUCUUCAACUAAACGAGGUGUUUGACAUUGACAUGGUUUUCGACAGUUGGUGGUUUCUGCCGGACAAGAAAAUGCCGCCGAAGCUUCAACAGCAUGCUAAGGCACUCUCUCUCAAUGUUCCCGUUCAGGGAAGGUUAGGACGGCAUGCAUGUCUUGCGGACAGAUGCGUGCGCCAACAGGUGGCUUGUCAGUUCGAACGCCAGUGGUAUCGCCCUCCGCUACAACUCGGCGUCUGCAUCAUGUCACUGAAGUCUGUUACGACGUACCCAUUAUUCAGAGGAGUCGUCAAGAAACUUACUACGAACCCCAGCAAAUUUCAACAAGGGGAAAUUAUUGGCAAUAUUCGAUGCUUCGUGAGGUCUGUCGGAGUUUUGGGUUAUGAGAACGUCCCUUUCCGACCAAUGCAGACCGUUGCAGGCACUGCGCUUGUAACGCAGCUAAACCUAAAAGAACAGUAUCUUGUCGUGAGAGUUUUUAAGUGUGAAAACCUUCCUGUCGCCAAUGCUGAUUCGUUCAGUUCUAACCCGAUGGUGAAGGUAUGCUAG